AUGGCGGAACCUCCAAUCGUGCUCGACGGAGGAACCGGAUUCCUGAAGGUUGGCUAUGCCGGUCAGAACUUCCCCGAAUUCCAAUACCCAUCCAUCGUCGGCCGACCGAUCCUGCGAUCCGAAGAGAAAGGCAACGAUGGGCUGGUCAUCAAAGACAUCAUGUGCGGCGACGAAGCCGCCGCAGCACGAACGAUGUUGCAAGUCUCGUACCCUAUGGAAAACGGAAUCGUCAAGAAGUGGGAUGACAUGCAACAUCUGUGGGAUUACACUUUCUAUGAGAAGAUGAAGGUUGAUACUACGGGUCGCAAGAUCUUGCUUACGGAGCCCCCGAUGAAUCCGCUUAGGAAUCGGGAACAGAUGUGUGAGGUUAUGUUUGAGCGGUAUCAGUUUGGGGGUGUUUAUGUGGCUAUUCAGGCGGUUUUGGCGUUGUAUGCUCAGGGUCUGAGCUCUGGAGUUGUGGUUGAUUCGGGAGAUGGAGUUACCCAUAUCGUACCAGUUUACGAAUCAGUAGUCCUCAAUCAUCUGACACGCCGUCUAGAUGUUGCAGGUCGAGAUGUCACUCGCAACUUGAUUGCGCUUCUGCUCCGUCGCGGAUAUGCGCUAAACCGAACAGCUGAUUUCGAGACAGUCAGACAGAUCAAGGAGAAGCUUUGUUAUGUUUCAUAUGAUCUAGAGCUUGAUCAGAGACUUAGUGAAGAUACUACCGUUUUGGUAGAGAGCUACACUCUUCCAGACGGCCGAGUGAUCCGAGUGGGAAGCGAACGAUUCGAAGCUCCAGAGUGUCUUUUCCAACCACACUUAGUGGACGUUGAGCAACCUGGUAUUGCCGAAUUCCUAUUCAACACUAUUCAAGCCGCGGAUGUCGAUGUUCGUUCGUCACUUUUCAAAGCCAUCGUUCUCUCAGGUGGUAGCAGCAUGUACCCAGGUCUUCCAUCACGUUUAGAAAAGGAACUCAAACAACUAUGGUUGACCAAGGUUCUGGGAGGAAACCCAGAGAGGUUGAGUAAGUUUAAGGUCAGGAUUGAAGAUCCGCCGAGGAGAAGACAUAUGGUGUUCUUGGGUGGUGCGGUUUUGGCGAACAUUAUGGCGGAUAAGGAGAAUAUGUGGAUUACAAAAGCGGAAUGGGAGGAGCAAGGGACGAGGGUGCUGGAAAAGUUGGGACCUAGAUAG